AUGAUGUCGGCUGACUGCUACAGAGUGGCGAGAAAUUUCCAGCUCCGGAUCAGCCUACGACUGCCUGACACCCCUAGAGUUACAUUCGACGGUUUUCCUCGAGAUGACCACGAUAAGAUAAAGAGAACUUUGGACGACUACUACAACAUCAAACUCGAGACGAAAGAUCCUGCUUUGAAGGGAUAUAAUUGGGGUAAAGUCAACGUGCUCAAUCAUGAUAUCGAAUUUUCGGUACAAAACAAAACAGCCUUUGAAAUCCCACUUUCCGCCGUGGCCAAUUCCAACGUUGCAGGUAAAAAUGAAGUCUCUCUCGAAUUCGCCCCACCUGCUUUCAAAAAAGAUCCAAAGAAUCUCUCACUGAAACCGAUGGAUGAAAUGGUGGAAAUCCGCUUUUACGUUCCUGGGAAGAGUGUAAAACCAAGAGGGAGCGACGCUGGUAGUGAUGAUGAGUCAGAAGUGGAGUUGGAUGAAGAUGGUAAUGAGAUAACUGCCGCACAAGCUUUACACAGUGCCAUCGCUGAGAAAGCGGAUAUUGGGGAAGUAGUGGGAGACAGUAUUGUAUCUUUCUCAGAUGUUCUCAUAUUAACACCUAGAGGACGUUACACAUUAGACUUUUACCCUGAUUCAGUCCGAUUAUUAGGAAAAAGCACAGAUUACCGUGUUCCCUUCACCAGCGUCCGCCGAUUAUUCCUCCUUCCUAAACUGGAUGAUUUACACGUACAACUUGUCAUCGGUCUAGACCCACCUAUACGACAAGGCGCUACUAGAUAUCCUUUCUUAGUUCUUCAAUGGCCAAAAGAUGAGGAAGUGGAUGCUGAAUUGGCCAUGACGGAUGAAGAACUAGCCAACUAUCCCGAUUUGAAAAAGAAAUACGACGCACCUUCAUUCACCGUCAUUUCUCAAGUAAUCAAAUCUUUCACAGGCAAAAGAGUCACUCCUCCCGGUAGUUUCAGAAAUGCUCAAGGAUUGAAUGGUAUCAAAGCCAAUGUCAAGGCUGUUCAAGGAGAAUUAUACUUUUUGGACAAGGGUCUUAUCUUUAUUGCGAAACAACCGAUUUUAAUUGAUUUCUCAAAAACUGAGACUAUCUCUUUCUCACGUGUGGGAGGAGGUAUCGCAUCAGCCAGAACAUUCGACAUGAGAGUUGUUUCCCGAGCAGAAGGGACAGAUAUCAUCUUUUCUUCCAUCAAUAAAGAAGAGAGUGCACAUAUCACAGCGUUUUUGAAAGAAAAAGGUGUUAGAGUGAAAGAUGAGAUUGAAGAA